AUGCACAUCCACAACAUCGCCACCAUCGCCGUCCUCGCAAUGGGCUACCUAUCUCACGAAGCAACGGCCAAGAUCGCGAUAGGCUGGCGCGAGAAAGACGAGGCGAAGGUAAUCUGGGUCGGCACAACCCCCCUCCCCAAAAACGACUGCCAAACCAACUACGCCACCCAACACCACGUCUUCUCCUCCUCCUCAUCCCAAUCCAUCUGCAACAGCCCCACCUCACCCGGUCUCAAAUCCGCCCCCUUCAAGCUGAAGCGCGGCGACGGCGCCCUGUCCUCCUUCGAGAUGCACUGCGCGCGGCGCGUGGACCGCGACACCGGCGUCGAGGGCGCCCCGCUCCUGGCCCUGUGCCGCCUCGACGACUACCAGUGCGUCCAGUGCGAGAUGGAGGCCGCCGACCCCUUCGACGGCCACUGCGGCCUGCAUCUCGAGAUGUCGUGCUGGGAGUAG